GUAUAUUUUUUUAAUUUGCUGUAAUGGGUGUAGAAAUUAUCUGAAAUUGAGUUUGUUUUUUCAUGGACCCAAAUGUUUUCUUGAGCUGAUUCAGCAAGCUCUUGAUUUUUUAAAUAAAAAUGGGGAAUUGGGAGAGGGGAUGACAGGGAAUCAGACUCUUAUUAACAAGGUGAAAGUUCGGAUAGCUAACCUACUUCAGGAGUAUUGACUUCCGUAGUAAUUAUUGAUGGAACCAAACUGCCCAACAUCUAGCAACGAUUAUGCUGCUGACAUCUCUUCCAUCAGGCAAGCUCAAGUACGCAUCGAGCCCUUUGCGCACAGAACUCCUGUCCUCACCUCAAAAACUUUAGACUCUAUUGCUGGAAGAAAGUUGUACUUUAAAUGUGAAUGCUUUCAGAAGGGGGGAGCUUUUAAAUUCCGAGGGGCAUGCAAUGCUAUUUAUUCACUUGAUGAUCAUCAUGCUGCUAAAGGAGUUGUAACUCAUAGCAGUGGAAAUCAUGCUGCAGCUCUUGCUUUGGCUGCAAAGCUACGGGGCAUCCCUGCUUAUAUAGUUAUACCAAAAAAUGCUCCAAAAUGCAAAGUCGAGAAUGUCAAACGUUACGGUGGUCAGGUUAUCUGGAGUGAGCCAUCGAUGCAGUCCCGAGAGGAUACUGCAAACAAGGUGUUGCAAGAUACUGGUGCUGUUCUUAUUCAUCCCUAUAAUGAUGGUCGCAUUAUAAGUGGGCAGGGUACAAUAUCACUGGAGCUUCUGGAACAGGCUUCCGAAAUUGACACUUUAAUAGUCCCAAUUAGCGGUGGUGGUCUGAUAUCGGGAGUUGCGUUGGCUGCCAAAGCCAUUAAUCCUGCCAUUCGCAUUUUUGCUGCCGAACCAAUGGGAGCGGAUGAUGCUUUCCAGUCGAAGAUCAAUGGGAGGAUCACUAAGUUAUCUGAGGUCAACACUAUUGCUGAUGGGCUUCGAGCCUUUCUUGGAGACCUCACAUGGCCUAUCGUCCGCGAUCUCGUGGAUGACGUCAUAGUUGUUGAUGAUGAAGAGAUAAUACAAGCUAUGAGACUUUGCUAUGAAAUUCUAAAGAUUGCAGUGGAACCAAGUGGAGCUAUUGGCCUUGCAGCAGUUCUUUCCAAUAGUUUUAAAACAAAUCCAGCCUAUAGAGAAUGCAAUAAUAUUGGCAUUGUAAUUUCUGGAGGCAAUGUUGAUCUUGGUGUGCUUUGGAAUUCCGUUAACAAAUGAGAAACUUUGUAUUCAAUCUCUCCCCUCAUUGGAACAAACUUCUAUAUGAUUCAUGUAUUCUUGCAAUU